GACCCCUGAGCGCCGGAGGCGACGGUGGGGAAGUGGGACCCCUGAAGGAGCUGUGAAUCUGGGGCUUUCAAACUAGAGCGAAUGGUUGCUACCGACCUUCCGGGCCUCCCUGGCUGCGGGAAGGAGCCUCCGGUUCUGCUGGAGGCAGAGGCCAGGGUGGCGGGCGGGCUCCUGGCCUCUGGAAUUGAGCGGUCCCUGCAGAAGCAGUCUUGGGAGUGUGCACCCAUUCUUGUUGAGUGCCGAUGCCCACGGCUGUCCCCUUGAGGUGCUGUCCUGGAGCAGGACGUGGGCACAGAGGCGGACUGGCCCUCCAAGGCCGAGCCUCAGCCCCACUGCGGGAGGCCGCCUGGCUCUCCCUUCACUCGGCGCUCAGGAGAUUGCAUUCGGGCGCUGGCUGGCCGCAGCGCCUCCCGCAGGCUCUCCCUUCUUGCUGGCCGCAUGGGGCCAUAUUUCAGUAGUUACAGUAGCAGGGGGAGGGGGAGGAGUCACGUUUCAGCCGAAAGCCAGGCUGACACUCCGGGGACCUGUACACGCACUUUGUUUGAGGCUCUGCACGCACCCCAUUCCCAAAUGCCCUCCCUGUGGGAAGUGUGCGGAGCAGAAGCGGCCCGAGUGUCUGGGCUGCGCAUGCCAGAGCGUCCAGGGUUUGUUUGAGGGUGGACAGAAUGGGUGCUCAGUGGCCCCGGGGCUUUCCUCUCCUAGCCAGCGAUUUUCCAGCUCAGAUUUUUAAAAAACCAUUAUUCAGAAUUUAAGGGCACUGAAUUUGCUUUUCCUUGGUUUUACCAAGUCUGUUGUUUUAGAAUCUUGAAUAUUUUUGAAAUCCUUUCCGGAGAGUAAAUAAAAGCUGGAAUGUUGGACGGCGAAUCGGAAGCUGUCGUACUGUGUGUAGUGACCUGGAGAGGUUACCUUGCGAAUGAAGUCGUGCAGACCCGUCUGGCUGGUGUUGUAAAUGCUGCUCUGGGCGUGAGAAACGACCGCGGCAGUGACUGUGGCGCUCCCCUCUCUUCCGGCCCCGCCCCAGGUACAUCGAGCUGGAGGAGUGUCCGCGACGCUGCCGCACGCGGGGAUGUCCUUCCGGCGCCUGCUCUGUGCUGUGGCCUCCCACCGGCCGGCUCCCUGGAGAUGCGGCGGAAGCAGCCCCCUGCACACCGCCCCAGCCGCCUGUUCUGACAGGAGCGCCCCUGUGUUCACCCGCGCCCUGGCCUUUGGGGACAGGAUUGCUCUUGUUGACCAGCAUGGCCGCCACACAUACAAGGACCUGUACUACCACAGCCUCCGCCUGGCCCAGGAGGUGUGCCGGCUCCUCGAGCGUGCUGGCGGGGACCUGCAGGAGGAGAGGGUCUCCUUCCUGUGCUCCAACGACGUCUCCUACGUGGUCGCGCAGUGGGCCUCUUGGAUGAGCGGGGGCGUUGCUGUCCCCCUCUACAGGAAGCACCCCCAGGCCGAGCUGGAGUAUUUCAUCCAGGACUCCCGGAGCUCUGUGGUCCUCGCCGGCCAGGAGUACGUGGAGCUCCUGCGUCCGGUGGUCAGGAAGCUGGGGGUCCCACUGCUGCCUCUCCCGCCCACGGUCUAUGGUACGGCGGCCGAGGAGCCUGGGGGGUGGGGGGUUUGGGAGCAGAACUGGAGAGACCGAGGCGCCAUGAUUGUCUACACCAGUGGGACCACGGGGAGGCCCAAGGGCGUCCUGAGCACGCACCACAGCAUCAGGGCCAUGGUGACGGGGCUGGUCCACAAGUGGGCGUGGAGUAAAGACGACGUGAUCCUCCACGUCCUCCCGCUGCACCACGUGCACGGCGUGGUCAACAAGCUGCUCUGUCCCCUCUGGGUGGGGGCCACCUGUGUGAUGCUCCCCGAGUUCAGCGCGCAGCUGGUUUGGGAAAAGCUCUUAGGUUGUGAAACUCCACGGAUCAAUGUCUUCAUGGCAGUGCCUACGAUCUACGCCAAGCUGAUGGAUUAUUAUGACAGACAUUUCACCCAGCCUCACGUCCAGGAUUUUGUCCGUGCGGUUUGUGAAGAGAAAAUUAGGUUGAUGGUCUCGGGGUCGGCCGCCCUGCCCCUGCCUGUGCUGGAGAAGUGGCAGAGCAUCACAGGCCACACGCUGCUGGAGCGUUACGGGAUGACGGAGAUCGGCAUGGCCCUGUCCAACCCCCUGACCGCCACUCGCGUGCCAGGUUCCGUGGGGACCCCGCUGCCAGGCGUCGAGGUGCGCAUUGUCUCAGAAAACCCGAAGAAGGAGGGCUGCCCCUAUGUGCUCCAUGCAGAAGGAAAUGUAAAGGAGACACAGGACAGCCUCGAGCCCCUGAGCCGCAGCUGCUGCUCCCUGACCGCGCUCUGCCUGGGCUCUUGCCUCAACACGGCCGGUCCGGGCCGUCGGCCUCAGCCACACCUUGAAAUCGUCUUCUGGCUCACAGCCUGUGUCCUGCAGCCCCUCUGCCUCCUCGGGGACCUGCUCAUACCCCGGUCACCUGCGCCAGCGCCCGGCGGUCCAGCUGUCCAUGUGGUGAUGAGCUGCCUCCCCCGGGGACACCCAGCCUGUUUGCUGGGUCAGGGUUGGCCGGUGGAGAGUUCAGGGGACCCUGGUCAGUCAGGGUGUGUGGGUCAGUCACCUGCUGCUGCAUCCUCCGGGUGCCCUUCCCCUGACGACUUGGCCUCCAAGCACACCUGGGGAGCAUGUCCCCCUAAAAUUACGAUGAGCUCUAACUGCUUCGCAGCUGGAGUGCAGGCAGCCCGCCCACCUGAGUGUGCUCCUUGUCCGUCUUUACUUGUCUCGCUCUGAAGAGAGCUCUCUGCUGGAAUGCACUUCAAAUAAGAAGACCUGGCCACCCUGGCCCUUGACAGACAGAAGGAAGCGUGUGUCCCAAGGGUGGCCCUGGGGGUUGUGGAGACGGAAGGGGUUGAGGGAGCCAGAGUCCUUCCUCCCCAGAGGGUGCAACGUGCAUAUACCUCUGAUUGUCUAAAUGUGAAGACGGGGGAUUCAGUGUUCCUGAUGGCACGUUCUAGAACAUUCCCAGCUUGGUUAAGGAAUCAGUGUGACCAUCCAGAACAGAGCUGCCUCGACCACAUGCAGGUCAGAGGCCGCCGUGCAUCCCUGUACGCAGGCCUCAGGGUCCACGGUCCUGUGCGCAGCCCUGUGACCCGGGAGGCUGCCCUGUCUCCUGCGGUCCUGCUUGCAGGAACCACCAGCCAUGGCUUGAGUUACCAACCCCACGUCUGGACCACAGGACUCUGGGCCCUGUGCGUGCUACUGCGAGGGCCAUGCUCACUCUGCAUCUCCCUCCCUCUGUCCUUUCAGAGCGGGGACUCAGAGACAGUUCUCACUGUCACCCCUGGGAUCUUGUGGAGGGAGAGUGGCCCUUGGGCAGCUUCUGUCUGGCUCCCCCCACCACGAGAGCCGCUCACGACCCGCGUCUUUCCCGGGAGCCCGUCGGCGCCAUGGCGUGUGCAUGAACCCCAAGCAGGCUCAGGCCAUUGUGAAGAAAGCGUGUUUGUGUCGUUUUUGUGGUGUGUCACAGUGGAAUCGAGUUGACCAGUCUCGUUGGGGACCUCAGUCAUUAAUGAGGAGGAGCCAUGCAUGGUGAUGUGCUGUAGAGGGAUGACUGCUCCAAAGCCAGGCUCUGCUCUGCUUCCAAGGACUUGGAACACGUUGCUUCAAGUGUGGACGCCCUCUCUGGGAACGGGGUUUGCCAGACAAACCCUCCAGUCCUCCUGUGACACCUGAAUUCUCAGUACAGCCCAGACUCGUGAGGACUGACGCAGGAUGGCUGAAGACAGUUUCUUAGUUCUUUUCAGGUUUUAGUUGGAAAUAAUCUCAAACUUCCAGAAAAGUUGGAAAACUUAGAGUACGAGGAACAGCUGGCAGUGCCUGUCCCCCUCACGCAGACCCACCUGCCGUCCACAUGCCCUGCCCUCUCUGUUUGCGCUCUGGCACUCCGCCCCCAGCCCUCCAGCGCCAGUGGGUGUCCCUCGCACGACCGGGGUGCGGGAUGGCCCGUGUCAUAUCCUUGGGAUCUCUCACCCACCACCGAGCAUUCCUCUUGUCUGUUGACCAAGUGACAUCAGGUGCACGGCCUUCACACAGGUUCCAUCUGGGCUCAGGUGGCACCUUUGCUCUUCACAGUGAGGGGGACCCAGACCUUGGCAAUGCCACCGUAGGCCUGAGUGACAGGCGUGAUUUCCACACUUCUCAGAGAGGGACAGGGACACCUGACCAGGAGUGUGCUGGGUGCUGACAGUGAGUGGGGAGCACAGAGGUGCCCAGGAGACCUUCCCUGAGACCCUCCUGUGGGCCAACCUGCUGUGGGACUUGGGUUCUCCCAUGCCUUCCUCCUUUCAUCCAACUGGCAGGCAGGGAGCCUCACUCUGGGCUGGACACAGUGUCCCAUGGAGCCACCGGGGUCCAGAGAUGGGUGUCGGCAGUGAUGGUACCCAGAGGCAGUGCAGGGCAAGGUGUCCCCCAGGCCUCUGCAGCCUGGGAGUCCUUGGUGCUUUUCUGGCUAGAACCCAGCACCAGGAAUCAGGAGUGAGUGGCCGAGGGGCUCUGGGGCCUCUGCCCUGCAGAGGGGAGCCCCUGGGGAGGACAGGAGCAGAGGGGUGGCUGGGCCAAGUGGUACUUCCCAGACAGCAGGGAGAAUCCACGUUUGCUCUCACAGGCCCGGAGCAGGAGGGGAGAGGAGUAUGUGCCUGUGGCUCCUGUGGCCGUGGCAGCAGGGCAGUGCCUGUGGCUCCCAGUGGCCGUGGCGGCAGGGCGGUGCCUGAGUCCGAGAAAGGCCUUGACAGCUCGGGAGGGUAGCUCACUUGUGCCAGGCUCUCAUUGCGUCUGGGGGACAGACGUGUGCACCCUGUAGGGCACAGUCUGGGCUCCCACUGUUGGUCCUUGUGUGGUGAAACCGUCACAUCUCAUCCAUGUACCCAUCACGUGGUCAUCCUGGCUGUGGCUGGUUGGUAACGUGGCCAACAGCCCGGGGGCACCCAUCCGUCCCCGCCAUGCACAGCUCUGUGCUCGUGCCUCCUGAGUCCUGCCGCUCUGUCCGGCAGAACUCGGGGCGCUGAAGCUCAGGCUCCCCUCCCCCCUGCCCGGACAGGCCUCCCACUGCACCUUAACGGUUCGUCUGCUUCCGUGUCAUCCCCCACUGGGCCGUGGUGAGUGCCACGUCUGCCCACAGGACCCAGUGGCUUUGCUGUGGUGCGUCUUUCAUGUGCCGCCCGCCUGCUCCGCCUUUAAACCCAUGCGCACGUCUCACACCCACGUCACACACUGUCUCCAUCCAUUUACUUACUUUCACAGUGUUCAAUUUGAAGAGAGCCAGGCACUCGCCAGGAGCAACAGGGUCCAUCAGGAGACAGACAGCCCCACAGCUGAGUGUGACCUGCUGGCCUUCGCAUGGAAACAUCUUCUCUGGCUGAGGGCGCGCAGACACCGCGUGCGGGGUUCGGGCUGCAGCAGGGCAGCCGCAGCGAGCUCCGCUUCCCUUUAUUUCCCCUUAAAAAUUAAUUAUCUUGUUUUUGAUCCAUGUGCAAGCCGUCACUCUGGACAGCAGCCUGCUUGGUUGCCUCUCCUCCCGACGGCCACCAGCAUCUCCUGGACUCCCCUCCCGCAUCUUCUCCCGCCCAUGCCUGUCGCUGCCAUCUGUCGCGGCUGCGUGCUACCAACUGCCGCACGUGACGCACGGCCGGGCCAGGACUGGGGGCUGGAUGUGCUCUGGCCCUGCGACGGGUGGGGCAGCCGAACUCCCCCCACAGAGGCACUCACCUCGGACAAACAGCAGACCGUCAUCAGCCAUGCGUCUCUCGUCUCUUGGGAUGCGGUGGGUUUACCCCCUUCCCUAGCAAGGACCAGGUGCGAGGUGGCAUUUCCCCAAAUGGGGAAGCUUCACAAGGAAGAGGAAGGCCAGUGGCCCUUCUGUGCCCCAUGAACAUCUGCAAGCACUUUGCUGCUCUGUGCCUCCCUGUUCCUGACAACCAGAGCCUGCCCCCAGACACACUUGAAAGGCGUGCUCCUUCCUGCCAUGGGCCUCAUCCCUGCAUGAAUGUCCAGAUCCUUCCAGUCCAACCCAUGUCCUGAGGCCUGAGAAGUGAGCAGCACGGGGGGAGGCCUCCAUUCAUCAGGACACGGCGGGAGCCCACAGUCAAGGGGGGACCCACAGGCGCAUUGGCCCACAGCCUUCCUGCCUGCCUUCCUACACCUCCUUCCACCACGCCUUCCUCUCCAGGUUAUCAAGAACUUGGUCAGGAGCCAGGGGGCUUUCCAGCAACACCUGCUGCUGAUAUUCAGGCUGCUUUCAGAUGAGGAAGUCUGCACUGCAGUGUUCUAAGUUCUCUAGCACGGCCCCUGGGUGGAGUCAACCGGGGGCUCCUCGUGCAGGGGUGCACACGCCCAAAGACAGGCGUCCCCUGUGAGAGCAGCCCAGGCUUUUGGCUGCAGUGUGGGAAGCAGCGGUGUGCGUGUCUGCCGGGCACCUGGGUCUGGCUCUGCGCCCAUCCAGCCUGUACCGAGCGUCCUUGGCACAGUUGGGGUCCCCAGAGCACCAGGUGUGGGCCUCGCUGCACACCUGCCCAGACCUGCCCUCGUCCCAGCAGAUGUGGGGUGUCAGUUCUGAGUAGGUAGAAGGAAUCACAGCAGAGACCCCUGCAGGGCUUCCGGCUCCGGCUCCGCUGUGACCUAGUGAUGCAGGUGACGCAUUUUGCUGUAGGCGAGUGUUUAUUGUCAUGCACUAUUUUACAUUACUUGUUUCUCUGCUACUACUCUCCUCAGAUUGUGCCCCGUCUGCUGGCUUAUCUUCACUCUUGAUCGCCCCUCACACCCUUGUCUCUAAAAUUUAUAAAUAUCAAUUACCAGAAUCAAUGGACUCUGCUGUCCCACGGUCUGUGUGCUGAGUCAGAAACGUAAGCCGGUGUCUUUAGAGCUUCACGUUGCUGGUGACCUUUCUCUCUCCCUGAGGAAAGGAAAGAUGGUUUGUCUUUUUUUUUUUUUUUUUUGGCAUAAAGAAAGUGAUGGCGUAUCUUAGUGACUUGGUACUUGCUUUGUCUAGACCAGAGACUCUCUGGCAAAUCUGUGCAGGAAUGAGGAUAGGUAGAAGUGUCUGUCUUUAUGGUAUUGAACCUGUGAUGGGAGCUGCAUAUUUCGGCAGGGUCCAUACGCUGUGACAUGUUCUCCAUUGGUCUGGGUAUCUGUGUCUCUGCUAAUGCCAGUCUUAACUACGGUGGCUUUACAGUGAGUCUCGGAACAGUGGCGUUAUGCACCAGUUCUCUUCUUCUCAACCACAGUGGUUCUAGGUAUUCUGCUUAUUCUGUCUGCCAUGCCAGUUUUUUAAAAGGUUUUAUUUUUUAUUUUUUUUUUUAAAGAUUUUAUUUAUUCGACAGAGAUAGAGACAGCCAGCGAGAGAGGGAACACAAGCGGGGGAGUGGGAGAGGAAGAAGCAGGCU